UUAUUUCAAAUGUACAGAGCCAAAACAAUUCAUAAUGACACUGUCCAAAUACUUUUGCAUUUAACGGUAUAUGCUCCAGCAUUGGUUCCCAAGUUAUUAUUUUUUUCGGCUAGUGGGUGUGGUUUGAGGGAAUUUGAACGCGCAACGCUUAGUGCACUUCAGCAGUCUACGGAACUGUUUAAAGCGGUCCCUAGUCGAAGGAAAUGGCUACACUACAUGAGAGAGGAAUUCCCUUGAGCGCACUGAAUCCUAAAUUCCUGCACACAAACUCCACCAGUCACACCUGGCCCUUCAGUGCCAUCGCAGAGCUUGUCGACAAUGCCUAUGACCCAGAUGUCCAGGCCAAGCAGUUUUGGAUCGACUGGACUGUGAUAAACAACCAGGAUUGCCUCACCUUCAUGGACAAUGGGGCUGGGUUGACCAGAAACAGAAUGCAUAAGAUGCUAAGUUUUGGGUUCAGUGAUAAGCGCUCUGCUAAAGGCCAUGUUCCAGUGGGUCUCUAUGGAAACGGGUUCAAGUCAGGCUCCAUGCGUCUGGGGAAGGAUGUCAUUGUCUUCUCCAAAACCCGGGACACCAUGAGUGUGGGGCUCCUGUCCCAGACAUACCUGGCGGCCAUUCGGGCUCAGCACAUCGUGGUGCCCAUCGUCACCUUCAGACGUCACGGACAAAGCCAACCGUUGACCUCACCCAGUAUGGAGGGUGCCACUAGCCUGCAGGCCAUCCUGAAACACUCCCUUUUUAAAACAGAGAGGGAGUUGUUUGCUGAGCUCAGAAUCAUCAACGCCACUGGCUCCACUGGCACCCGGAUAAUUAUCUGGAACCUCCAGAGAAUAACGAACGGGAAAACCGAGUUUGACUUCACCACGGACAGGUAUGACAUCCGUAUCUGGAGGGACGUGUGUGAGGUCAAACAGUUCGGCCGGAGUACAGAAUCUGUCCCUGAGAGCGAGUACUCCCUGCAGGCGUACUGCAGCAUUCUGUACCUGAAGCCCCGAAUGCAGAUCAUCAUCAGGGGACGGAAGGUGCGGACCCAGCUGGUCUCCAAGAGUCUUGCCUACAUUGCUAAUGACAAUUAUAGACCCGCCUUCCUUAGUAAACGUGUCCGCAUAACCUUUGGAUACAACACAAUGAGCAAGGAGCAGUACGGAAUCAUGAUGUACCACAGAAACCGGCUGAUCAAAGCGUAUGAGCGCGUGGGCUGCCAGCGCAAGGCCGACAGCAGAGGAGUGGGAGUUAUUGGUGUCAUUGAAUGCGAUUUCCUCCAGCCAACACACAACAAGCAGGAUUUUGACAACACCGAUAAAUACAGGAAGACCAUGUAUAAUCUAGGUGUUAAGCUGGAGGAGUACUGGAAUGAAAUUCGAUACAAGCGCAAGAAAGAGGACCCCAAGUGCAGUACACCCAUAGAGGAUGCUGUAAAAUUUCCGGAUCAAAGCUGGGUCCAGUGUGACAACUGCCUGAAGUGGAGAAGGCUUCCAGAUGGCAUCGACUGUGGCCUGCUGCCCAAGAAGUGGUUCUGCCAGAUGAACCCAGACCCCCAGUUCAGGAGCUGCCAAGCGGAGGAAGAGCCUGAAGAUUCAGAUGAGGAUCAGCGGUCAUACCCAAAACCCUACAAACGACAGAGGAAGACUAGUAAAACUCAGAUUGAUGCAAAUGAUGGAGGACAGAUCUUUCUGGACACGGUUGCUAUGAAGCCUGCAGCAGUAGGUCCCUCUCAAUGCAGUACUGCUCUGGAUAGCUCUGGCUCCCCUGACCCUGGUCCUCUUGGCUGUAGCCUUAUCGACCCCAUUCCUCUGGGGCGUGCAAGUAAGAACAGCACUGGUUGUCGCCUUCCUACAAACAAGAUGCCGAUUGUCAAUGCCAGCUCCUUUUCCUCUGCCCUCGCCAGGGUGAAACAAAAACUGGCCAACCAAGUUCCCAUGGUGAUGCCAAUGGAGACCUUCGCCUUGACAACCUCUUCAUCUCCACCACUACCCAAGCAGCUCACUUCCACCAGAGGCCAGACAGGCCGCAGGCUCACAGUGAGGAGGGCGGAGAGGAAGAGGGAGGGGGCAGGAGUGAGGGCAGGAGAGUUAGAGGUAGAGGGGGGCAUGAUUACCUGGCCAGGGCAGAAUUGGAAACGCAGGCGGGUUGCGCUGGAGCGGUCUGAAAGACAGAUGGAGAGAGCGAAGGCCACAGUGACCAUAAUGGAGGUGGAAGGGGGGGAGGAGAAGAAGGAACAGUGGGUUCAGCUGGAGGCACAGCAGGAGCAGCAGGACCGCCUGGUGGAGCUGAUGCAGGCAGCCUCUCAGGAGCGCGACCUGUGCAGGGAGCAGGUUCGGGAGCUUCAGAAGGAAGUGGAGGAGCUGAAAACCAAGUGCGCCGCCCUGGAGUCCAUCAGGGGAGAGAGAACUGAGCUCAGCCACAGGCUGGAGAAUGUGGAGGUUGAGAGAGGAGCUCUUUCUUCUCAGUGUGAGCAGCUGAAGACAGAGCUGGAGGACCUUAAGAGAGAGCUGGAGGAUCUGAGGGAGGCAGGGAGCAGGGCCUUCAGCCCCAGUCCAGGUGAAGACUACAGGCUGAGGAGCCUGCGCCAGAGUGUGGGCCGCCUCCUAGUGACCUUUGUGCCCGCGCUGAACUUGGACCAGGUUGACUAUAACAGCAACAUCAUCGACAAAAUCCUGGAGCAGGUCCUGUACGAGGUCACAUAGCUGAAUUUAUAGAACUCUUCACACCUUUUUCUGUCCUACAUUUAUUCUGUACAGUUUAAUAAACUUGCCUUUGAGUUAAAA